GGCUGGUCGACAUCGGCACUUCGGCUGGGCUUCUCGUAGUGCUCGCUCCUACCCCUGGCUUAUCUCAAUACACUUGCAAGACACAAUGUGGCCGCUGUUCCUGCUCCUGCUGCUGGGCUUCUCCCAAGGAAGCGCUGUGGACAGACCUCGUCGAGAGCUUUUAGGAAACGGCAUUGGAUUACAGUCGUCUCAGAACGGGUACCUGCCACCACAACGCGACUACUGUCGGCCCUCCACCAUCUACCGCACACAGACCCAGUACUCCACCCAGGUCAUCCCCUCCACCGUCUACAACAACGACGUACAAUACGUCACCCAGACGUCCGUCCGCACACAGCAGGUAUACACCACUGUGUACUCUGAGGUGGUCCGCACCCAGGUGGUGCCCUCCGUCCAGUACCAGACAGUGACUGUGACCCGCACCGAGCAGAACGUCCGCACACAGGUCGUCACUCUGCCACCACAAGUCAACUACGUCACACGUACACAACAAGCUGUGACGACACAGGUACAGUACCAGACCAGAUACUCCACCAGCAUCCUGCAGGUCCCAACAACUGUUGUCAGGAAUGUUGUUUCUACACAGGUGGUUCCUCAGCAGGUGGUGAGCACCGUCUACCAGACACAGUUUGUCACCAGGACCCAACAGCUACCUGGACAGACCCGUACCGUGGACCGUACUCAGUACAGCACCAUUUACUCCACCGUGGUAGUACCUGGCCAGGACGUGGUAAAAACACAAAAUGUUGUGAGGACCAACGUCAUCACCCAGACCGUCACACAGCCAGGCCAGACCCAGGUCAUCACCUCCACCAAUGUGGUUCCCGUCACCACUACCAUCUUCUCCGAGGUGGUGGUCACCAACACCCAGACACAGUACGUGACGCGCACCCAGGUACAGCAGCAGGUGACCACCGUCUACCGCACACAGCAGGUGCCACAGUACGUCACCAGGACCGUCACCGUCCCCCAGCAGGUGGUGAGCACUCAGGUGUCAACACAGGUGGUGCCCACAACCAUCUACAGCCAACAGGUGGUACCAACUGUGGUCAACCUGCCCGCCGAGACCAGGUACACCACAGUGUACCGCACCUCCGUCCGCACCCAGCAGCUACCGGGUCAGACCCGCACCGAGUACCAGACCAGCGUGGUCUACAGGACCAACUACGUCACCUCCACAGUGUUCAACCAGCAGUACAACACCGUGACGGCCACCAGGACCUACCAGCCAGACUGUAACACCGGCUACAACUACAAGGAACCUGCCCGACCAUUCGACCCCUAUGGUCGUUAGUCUUACCAAUAUCACAACUAGGGGGAGAAUGAUAAACUUGUUGACAAUAUCCUCCAUGUGGGUAGCCAUGUUAAUAUUUGUAAGCGAAUGAAGUGUCAGUAAAACGUGCAGUUAUAUUUAACGUUUCGUUCAUACAAGUUGAGAGAAUAUCACUAUUUAAAAAUUAUUGUUGUCUUUGAAUAAAACGGAUGAUUCUGA